GCAUGUGCCAUGGCCUGGCCCCUGGGGUGGCCACCGGCUCAGGAGCCCACGGCACUGCGUACAGCCAGAGCUGUCCCUCGCGGAGCCCAGGCCAGACUUGAGGGAUGCAGGGUGUGUGUUCACCCGUCUGGGAGAAAGAACGGGAUAGUUCACCUGUACCUGUUUGCUCGCCUCCCCAUUUUCCUGAAAUCUCUUGAACGCCGGCUGGGUCUAUGCUCGCUCUUUUCCGGCUCUGAGCCCCACCGGAAACCUCGAGAGGGCGUUCCUCACUAGCAAGCCAGCAACUGCAGAGUCAGAGGAUGCUGAGGUUGACCUGAGUUCCUGCAGGUGACAGAGCAGAUGCACCAUGGCCAGGUCCAAUUGGACCUUCCUCCUGGUGAGGUUCAUUCUCCUGGGCCUCUCAGCCCACCCAAGGCUGGAGAAAAUGUUCUUUGUGCUCAUCCUGCCCAUGUACCUGGUGAUCCUGCUGGGCAGCGGGGUCCUCAUCCUGGUGACCAUCCUUGACUCCCGCCUACACAAGCCCAUGUACUUCUUCCUGAGGAACCUCUCCUUCCUGGACAUCUGCUACACAGCCUCCUCAGUCCCCCUCAUCCUGGAUAGCUUCCUGACCCCCAGGAAAACCAUCUCCUUCUCAGCUUGUUUUGGGCAGAUGUUCCUCUCCUUUGCCAUGGGAACCACGGAGUAUGUGCUCCUGAGCAUGAUGGCGUUUGAUCGCUCCGUGGCCAUCUGCAACCCCCUGAGGUACUCUGUGGUCAUGAGCAAGGCUGCCUAUUUGCCCAUGGCCAGCUCCUGGGCAGCUGGUAUCAUCAACACUGUGGUCCAAACAUCCCUUGCAAUACGACUGCCCCUCUGUGGGGACAACAUCAUCAACCACUUCACCUGUGAGAUCCUGGCUGUCCUGAAGUUGGCCUGUGCUGACAUCUCCAUCAGUGUGACCAGUCUGAGGACAACAAUUAUUAUCUUCCUGGGCAUCCCAGUUCUGUUCAUCUUUUUCUCCUAUGUGUUCGUCAUUGCUACCAUCCUGAGGAUCCCCUCAGCUGAGGGGAGGGAAAAGGCCUUCUCCACCUGCUCUGCCCACCUCACAGUUGUGGUCAUAUUCUAUGGGACCAUUGUCUUUAUGUAUGCCAAGCCCAAGUCUAAGGACCCACUGGGGACAGAUAAACAGGACCUUUCAGGCAAGCUCAUCUCCCUCUUCUAUGGGGUGGUGACUCCCAUGCUCAACCCCAUCAUCUACAGCCUAAGGAACAAAGAUGUAAAGGCUGCUGUGAAGGACUUUGUGUGUCAGAAACACCUGAGUAAUGUUGCAUUGUGUAUCUAGAAAAAUAGUAUAGAUGAUCUUAUUUGCAAAGCAGAAAUAGAGACACAGAUGUACAGAACAAACGUAUGGAUACCAAGGGGGAAAGGGGGGAAGGUGGGAUGAAUUGGGCGAUUGGGAUUGACAUAUAUACACUAUUGAUACCAUGUAUAAAAUAGAUAACUAAUGAGAACCUACUGUAUAGCUCAGGGAACUCUAUUCAGUGCUCUGUGGUGACCUAAAUGGGAAAGAAACCCAAAAAAGAGUGGCUAUAUGUAUAUGUAUAUAGCUGAUUCACUUUGCCGUACAGUAGAAACUAACAUAACAGU